UUAGUAGCUGGCAAGCUGCUACAAUUUCUUUGCUACACAUGGGCACGUUGCAUUGGCUUUAAAAGUGGUAAAUUUGGCAUCAAUUCUCUUGGCAGUAUAGCUGUCGGUUUCAUGUCAGAAUAUUAAAAGGGAAAAGUUGGAUGCCCACUCCUAUCUUAAGCCUCAAUCUAAUCUUGUCAUAUUGCAAUCCCUCAUGACCACGGAGUCGUUGAAGAUGGAGGGUAUGAUAAAGUGCUCUGCCAAUUACGUCCCUUUGACUCCGAUCAGCUUCUUGGAGCGCUCCGCGGUUGUCUACAGUAACAAACUCUCUGUUGUCCACGGUGAUGUCAAGUACACCUGGAAACAGACACGCGAGAGGUGCGUUCGUCUCGCUUCUGCGCUUGCCCACCUUGGGAUUGCCCGCCGAGAUGUGGUUGCAGUGUUAGCCCCAAAUAUUCCAGCAAUGUACGAGCUACAUUUUGGAGUUCCAAUGGCCGGUGCAGUUCUAUGUACGCUCAAUAUACGCCAUGACUCCACUAUGGUGGCAGUGCUACUGAAGCAUUCAGAAGCCAAAGUGCUUUUUGUAGAUUACCAAUUUCUCCAUAUUGCUCAGGGAGCAAUGAAAGUACUAUCCAACACAAGGUCUAAGCUGCCCCAUCUAGUCUUAAUCCCAGAGUCUAAUCAGCGAAUUCCCACCACUUACAACAGCAACCCAAUAUCUACAAACUUGGACUAUGAUGGUCUUUUAGCAAUGGGGAAACUAGAUUUUGAGAUCAGAAGACCGGAAGAUGAGUGGGAACCUAUCUCAAUUAAUUAUACUUCUGGCACUACAUCAAGCCCAAAAGGUGUUAUAUAUAGUCAUAGAGGUGCCUAUCUUAAUUCUCUAGCAACAGUUCUUCUCAAUGAGAUGACCUCAAUGCCUGUAUAUUUAUGGUCCGUCCCCAUGUUUCACUGCAAUGGCUGGUGUCUUACAUGGGGCGUUGCUGCUCAAGGUGGUACAAAUGUAUGCUUAAGAAAUGUCUCUGCAGGAGGAAUAUUUCACAACAUUGCUGAGCACAAGGUGACCCACAUGGGUGGUGCACCUACGGUUUUGAACAUGAUAAUAAAUGCUCCAGCGAGUGACCAAAGGUGUCUUCCAGGGAAGGUUGUGGUCAUGACAGGUGCCGCACCACCACCAGCACCUGUACUUUACAAAAUGGAAGAACUGGGAUUCAGAGUGGUUCACUCAUAUGGCUUGACAGAAACCUAUGGUCCAGGAACAAUUUGCAGUUGGAAACCAGAAUGGAAUUCCCUUCCUCGAGAUGUACAGGCCAAGUUCAAGGCUCGGCAGGGGUUGAAUCAUCUCGGUGUAGAGGAAGUUGAUGUCAAAGAUCCUGUUACAAUGAAGAGUGUCCCGCAUGAUGCAAAGAGUUUAGGAGAGGUUAUGUUUCGAGGCAACACUAUCAUGAAUGGAUACCUUAAAAAUGUCAAAGCAACAGAGGAGGCUUUCCAUGGUGGAUGGUUUCGAAGUGGGGACUUGGGAGUGAGACACCCAGAUGGCUAUAUAGAACUCAAGGACCGCUCCAAGGACAUAAUCAUUUCUGGGGGAGAAAAUAUCAGCUCAAUUGAAGUGGAAUCAAUGCUUUUUAGCCAUCCAGCUGUGCUUGAGGCAGCUGUGGUGGCAAGACCAGAUGAUUACUGGGGGGAGACACCUUGUGCAUUUGUGAAGUUGAAGGAUGGAUGCAAUGCCAGUGCUGAAGAAAUUAUCAACUACUGUCGGAACCAUUUGCCCCAUUACAUGGCUCCUCGAACUGUGAUUUUCCAGGAUUUGCCAAAGACUUCAACUGGAAAGACGCAGAAAUAUCUUCUGCGGGAGAAGGCCAAGGCAAUGGGAUGCAUUUCCAAGAGCAAGAGCAAAUUGUAGAUCGCCAUUGAUUGGAUGGUAAAGGCCUUGUGGCAGGAUUGUCGUAUGUGUCAACUUUAUGUAUAAGUAUGGUAACAAUUGCUCAGCCUUUAUUGCAAAUGGAUGGAAUUUGGACGAGAUACUAGUAGUUAAUGAAUCAAACAUGAAUAUAAAUCCAAGAAAGGAGAGGAAAAAAUGCAUCUACUAGCUAGAUUUUCAAUUAAAUUCUUCCAAAUUUUUAUU